GACUCGUCGCAGUGCCGAGGCAGCGGUCCAGAGCAAACACAUUACUAAUACCCACGCAGCGCGCGCGGUCCAGUAAUAACUCAGCAGGAGGGCCAGGCCGCGACCACGGGCACACAGCGCUCCGACCGCCUCCCGAGCUCGUUCGAUCAUCCACCUCGAGUGCACCCCGCGCGCGAUGGCGGAGGCGCCUCUGCUGCCGCGGAAGGACCAGGAGGACGCCGCCGAGGAGGGGCCGGGGCGCUGGCGGAGCGAGGCCGGGAAGCUGGCGUACCUGGCGCUGCCGAUGGUGGCGGUGAGCUUGUCGCAGUACGCGGUGCAGGUGUCCUCCAACAUGAUGGUCGGCCACCUCCCCGGCGUCCUCCCGCUCUCGUCCGCCGCCAUCGCCACCUCCCUCGCCUCCGUCACCGGCUUCAGCCUCCUCAUCGGCAUGGCGAGCGCACUGGAAACGCUCUGCGGCCAGGCCUACGGCGCAAGGCAGUACCACACUCUGGGGCUCCACACGUACCGAGCCAUCGUCACCCUCCUGGUGGUGUGCGUCCCGCUCUCGCUCCUGUGGGCGUUCAUGGGCAAGAUCCUGGUGCUGAUCGGGCAGGACCCCCUGAUCGCGGACGGGGCCGGGCGGUACAUCGUGUGGCUCAUCCCGGGGCUCUUCGCCAACGCGGUGAUCCAGCCCAUCACCAAGUUCCUGCAGUCGCAGAGCCUCACCACGCCGCUGCUCCUGUCGUCCGUGGCCACGCUGGCGCUCCACGUCCCGCUCUGCUGGGUCAUGGUGUUCAGGACGGGGAUGGGGUACACUGGCGCCGCCCUGGCCAUCAGCGUCUCCUAUUGGCUCAACGUGGCCAUGCUCGUGGCGUACAUUGUGAUGUCGAGCUCCUGCAAGGAGACGCGCACGCCGCCGACCAUCAAGGCCUUCAGGGGGGUGGGCGUGUUCCUGCGCCUGGCUCUGCCCUCUGCGCUCAUGAUAUGCCUUGAGUGGUGGUCAUUUGAGCUACUUAUCCUCAUGUCGGGGCUUCUGCCCAACCCGGAGCUUCAAACCUCGGUGCUCUCAAUAUGCCUCACGAGCAUAACGUUGCUCUUUACUAUACCUUAUGGACUUGGAGCUGCUGGAAGCACGCGAGUAGCAAACGAAUUGGGUGUUGGGAACCCCGAAGGAGCUCGAUCGGCGGUCCGUGUCGUGAUGUCGGUAGCGGUGACAGAGGCGGUGAUCGUCAGUGGAGCUCUCUUGCUGUCACGGCGCCUCCUGGGCCGCGCUUACAGCAGCGAGGAGGAGGUCGCAUCCGCUGUCGCCGCCAUGGUUCCCCUCGUCUGCAUCACCGUGGUCACCGAUGGCCUUCAAGGGGUUCUCUCAGGCGUGGCUCGAGGAUGCGGAUGGCAGCACGUGGGCGCGUACGUCAACCUCGGCUCCUUCUACCUGCUCGGGAUCCCCAUGGCGAUGCUUCUGGGUUUUGUGCUCAAGAUGGGGGCAAAGGGGCUUUGGAUGGGCGUCGUCUGUGGAUCCAUCUCGCAGACCACGCUCCUCUCCGCCAUCACGUUUUUCACCAACUGGCAGAAGAUGGCUGACGAAGCUAGGGAGAGAUCGCUCAGUGAGAAGGCAAUGGAGUCUGAGUCGAGAUCUCUGCUGGAAUAGUUUUUCUGAGACUAUAACUGCUCGAAGAGUUACGCUGCAAUUUUGUAGGGGACACGCAUCCCAUCGCUGUGGUUUCUCUCUGAAGUGACAAUGUAAUUGUAGGGGAGGAAGAGGACGUAAACCACUCUUUUUCUCCCUCUUUACUUUUUUGGUGUCCGAGGCGAAAUGUUUGGUGAAGCUCGAUUUUGAAAUCCCCUAGUUCA